UUCACCGACACUGAGGACGAGGACGUGUUGGACGGCUCGCACGAGACGGCGAACAUCACCUGCAAUGAGACGUUCACAGCGGACAGGGGGUACAUCAAGAGUCCCAACUACCCCAACCCCUACCCCAAUAAGAUCACCUGCGACUGGUCCAUAACGGUGGCGGACGACAUGCAUGUCUUACUGACACUAAAGGAUGUCCACCUGAGAGCCUUUGACAAGAUCUACGUGCACGAUGGCCAGGGAUUAAGCAGCAAAGUAAUGACCUUUUAUAGGCGCUACCAGGGUAAUAAGAAUAUCGUGUCGUCCACUAAUCACAUGUUUAUCCGAUUUAUUGCGGACACACAUUAUUACACAAAAAUGGGAACUCCUUUCGUCUUAAAAUAUUCAGCCGAGAAGUACGGCUGCGAUUUAGUGUUGAAUGAGACCCAGGGUGUGAUCCACAGCCCGGGCUACCCGUCCGGCUAUUCCGAGAAUAUGGUGUGCGAGUGGACCAUAUCGGUGGCCAACAAUCAGAAUAUAAUUGUCAUGUUUGACGACUUCCAGACAGCCCUGGACUUGGAUUUCCUCUAUUUCCUCAACCAUAACAAGAAGAUCAGUGGAGAC